AUGGUGCUGGAUUACGUUGAACAUCCUCCUCGAGUGAUGAAUCGUGCAAAACGUCCGAAUCGGACCCGCAAUGGUUCUCGAACAAAGAAUACGUCUUCUAGAAACCGAGCACAAGGCAGAAAUUCCAACUCGAACAAGACAUUCUCAUGUCCGAAUAAUUGUGGACGAACUUAUCAUUGUCUAUCUAGCUUUAGAAGUCAUGUAAGAUACGAAUGCGGUAAAGAGCCCUCUUUCACUUGCCAAUAUUGUCAAAAGAAAUUUUACCAACCUGACUACAACAACUGGUCUUUGGAAUCGUCUCAUCAUCAUCGAGACGACGACGAGAAAAACACGAGUCUAUUCCACUGUCCGAAUAAUUGCGGUCGCGUUUACAAAUACAAAUCUGGGAUGUUAUCGCAUCUGAAAAUGCAAUGCGGCCAAGAACCACAAUUCAGUUGCCGGUUCUGCCAUAAAAGAUUCUUUUACCGAAAUUGGCUUUGUGAGAAGAAAAAUACUCGUACGUCCGAAUCGGCAUUCGUCUGCCCUAAGCAGUGUGGUAGGAAAUACGCUCAUAAACGAAGUUUAGAUUUUCAUAUUAAAUACGAGUGCGGUUCAAAUCAACAAGUACGAGUAUUCGAUUCGAAUUUUGGUAAUCGUAAACUCGUAACCAAAAGUAGAACUGCCGAUGCUCGAAUUCUACCUACUCCGUUUCAUUGUCCAAAUAACUGUGGCCGAUCUUACGCUCACAAAGCAAGCUUGAGCUUUCAUCUACGUUGCGAAUGUGGCGUAGAACCUCAAUUCGAAUGCGAUAUUUGUUUCGGUAGAAGGAGAAGUCUUACUAGUUUUCAAACGAACGCGUUCUCGUGUCCUAAUAAUUGUGGUAAAACGUACAAGCAUAAAGGAAGUGUUACAUUUCACGUCAAAUACGAGUGUGGUAAAGAGCCUCAGUUCGUUUGCAUGAUUUGCGAACGAAAGUUCACUCAACCUGGAUCGUUAAAAAGUCACUUGGGAGUUGUUCAUAAAGUUAUAUCUAAAUGA